GUGCUCCGCUCCAUUGGCUGCCGGCGCCGUGUCGGACACCGGCGCGACGGCGCACCAGUCGCCGGUGACCCGGCCGCAGGGUCAGUGGUGACCGGGCUGCUCCAGUCCGUGGACAGUGUGCCUGGACCGUUGUGACCAGCUGCAUCAGUCGCUAGUUACCCUAGAGCUGGCCUGCGACGAGCGGUUCCAGGCCAGAGUUCGACAGUGCUCGUGGGAGAACACUGAUCAGAAGAACACCGGUCAUUGGAAUACCGUGACCGGUCAUUGGAGCACCUGUCAUUGGAACACCGGUCAGCGGAACACCGACCAGUCUGGAGUGCGGACUGCGGACAGACUGUCGGGCCGGACGGAAAGGAUUGCGCCGCCGCCAUCCUCCCCCGCCCCACAGGACUGAGGCGAAGAGCGGAGAGCGCAGCCAGAGCAGCCGAGCCCCCAGUCAGAGGAACGGUCCUCCCGUCACUGAUCAGUGUUUCCAAGCGUGCUUUCGGGGGAGGCAUUGUCGUAUAACACGUCUGGCGAGGCGUACAGCUGCGGGACAGGCGGGCCUUUUCAUAGGCGAAUGCGACGGCCCAACUAUACUUUGGCCACACCGGUAACAAGCCUGACUGAACAGAAGCGGCUGUGCCGAGAACGCAGCCAUAGAGCGUGACCAGUCAAAGUACCGCUAACGGCAGACAUGGCAAAACAGCGGCAAUAGACUGUGCCGGUCAGAGCAUCAUCAACGGGAACCCAACGCACACUUUCAGCAAAGUGUCAAAAGUCAGCGUAUCGCUAGCACUCACCGUCUCCCGGAACGGCAGGCAGCCGCUGCAGUUCUCGGAGGCACCGCGUCUCGGUGUCUCCGAUCGUGUCUCGGUAUUGGGGCUGUGAUAACCGAGCGAAGAACAGCAUUGCAUCAUGUCUCAGGAGACCAGCCGGUCUUUCAAAAUGGAGCGCCCGGCGAACCCGCCCAAACUCCGGCGAACGUCUACCAUGGACAAACUAAAGGCGCUCGUGCUGCAGACUUACCACAAAGACUCGUACAUGGCACACCGGCGUGACUGGCGCCAGGGCCUUGGUCACGAGGGCCGCUACCGGCGCACGGAGUCGCCGUCCCCGGCCGGCGAGCGGCGCCGACCCAGCUGGCCAGUGGCGCUCUCGCCGCCGACCAUCGCGCGCAGCGUGUCGUACGCCGCGCCGAGCCGGCAAGGCCCUCAGCCGGCGCCGCUGCGGCUGCCGCACCCGGCCAGCGCCGAGCGCCUCCACCCGGCGCCCUCCGACACAGACGAGAGUCAGUCGUGGGCGUCGGACAGCCAGUCGACAGCUGGGCCGCCCUCUCCGAGCGGCAGUCUGUCGGCGCCCACCGCCGGUCCGCAGUCACCCAGUGGCAGUCUGGGCACGCUGCCCCCGCCGUCACCCGGCGGCAGUCGGACCCUGCCCCUGCCGACAGCCGGCAGUCGGACCCUGUCCCCGCCGACCCCCGAGACCAGGCCCCGCCACCACUCGGCCGGCUCGAUCGGCAGCGGCCGUCAGCUCAGCGCCAUCUCCAUAGAGGUGGUACCCCCGGCCGAGUCCGGCGGGCAGUCGGAGCCGGCCGUCGCCGCCGACGAGGAGGUGUUCGCCGCCGCCGUGCCGCCGACGGCGCUACCCGAGGAGGAUGCCGCUGAGAGCGACGCGGGCGACGCGCCGGAGGAGGCCGGGCCGACUCCUGCCGCCGGCGACGGGCCGCCCGCGGGGCAGCCGCCAGCGCCGUCUCCGCCGCCGGCACGUUCGGCCCCGCCGCGGCCCGGCGGCCGGCGCGGCUCGGUCGACCUGCUGUCGGUCAGCCCGGCCAGCCCCGGGGUCAGCCGGCGUCCCUCGCUGCCGGCCUCUGCCGGUCCGGCCACCGCCCGGCCACCGGCGCCGCCGGCCGUCAACGGAGUGCACCGCGCCUCGCGGGUGGCGGCCGGCCUGGCGUGGUCGGAGCGGCAGACGGCCAGGGACCUGCUGGACCCGCGCCACCUGCCAGAGGCCACGGCCGCCCAGCAGGAGACCUGGCGCCGCGGCGGCUCCGGAGCCGCAAAAGUGGCAGGUACCGCGGGUGACGUCUCGCCGGCCGACCUGCCCUGGCUGGUGCGGCCCGACGUGACGUCACUGCCUCUGACGGUGACGUCACACCAGGUGGGCACCGGCCGGAGGAUCCCGCUGAUCGUGACGACACCCGUGGAUCCGACCAUCGACACGGCGCUAUCAUCCGGUUCGGAGUCUUCAGUUAGCGACCCGGAUAACGCCGAGGCGAUACGGCAGCGGCAGAGCGAGCUGUCGGCGUCACUGGCGCGCCAGCUGGCCGCCCUGCGUGAGGAGCAGCGCGCCGUGGAGGAGGAGGCGGCGGCCAACGCGGCGCUGGGCGCGGCCGUGGCGGCGCGCGUGGAGCAGCUGGCGCGCCCGUCUGAGGCCGAGCGGUACCGGGCCGCCGUCGACCAGGUGUCCACCAUCACCAGCCUGCUGCUGGGUCUGGCCGGCCGGCUGGCGCGCACAGAGGCCGCCCUGGACGCCCUGCCGCCGCACUGUCCCGAGGAGAAGGCCCUGCUGACCAGCAAGCGGGACAAGCUGUCGGACCAGCUGUCGGAGGCGCGCCAGCUGGAGGAGGGCGUCCGCCGGCGCCGCCAGCUGAUCGACACCUGUCUGGAGCGCUACCUCAGCAGUGACGAGCUCGCCGACCACAGGCACUUUGUCCAGACCAAGGCCAAGCUGAUCCAGGACGCGCGCGAGAUCGAGGACAAGAUCCGCCGAAAGGAGGAGCAGCUGGCGGCGCUGAGCCGCGCGGCGCUCAGCACCUGACGGACUGGGGGUACGGGGUCAGUGCAGCGCCGCCUACCGGUCACAGGGAACUGCAGCGUCAUACACCUGCCGUGGUGACCUGCAGCGCCGACCACCGGUCACAUAGACCUGCAGCGCCGUCUACCGGUCACAGGGACCUGCAGUGCCAUACACCUGCCGCGGUGACCUGCAGCGCCGCCUACCGGUCACAGGGACCUGCGGCGCCACCAGCCGGUCACAGGGACCUGCAGCGCCGCCUGUCGGUCACAGGGACGUACAGUGCCAUACGCCGAUGUGGAGACCUUUAGUGCCAUCUGCCAGCCGGGCCGGGCCGACCUGCCGGAAGAUGCCCUCCUCUCCCUACAGAGGGUCACUGUAAGUCACUGUGGCCUGGGGCGCCGUCUGUGGCGGCGACGUGCCGGAACCGGCGGCUCUGGCUGUGAUAAAUGCGGGAGGCCGGAGCUAGAACGGUUCGUCAGUAGCGCAGCGGUGCCGCGGUGAGAGAGCUAUGUCCGCGAUAUAUGCCAGGCUAGUCGCCUGAGUCGCCGGGUGUGUCCGACACCAAAACUGAGGGUCCAAUCUCGCUGUGUUUUGACUGAUGUCGAUAUUUGUACGGUGCCACCAACGGGUCACUUAUCCAGCAUGUGUAAUUGCAUUAAUGUCUGAUAAUACACGCCGAACGCCUA